AUGCUCCAGCCUGGAAUGCCAGCACCCGACUUCAAGGGAACCGCCGUGGUGAAUGGUCAAUUCAAACAGAUUGCCCUCAAAGAUUACAAAGGCAAAUAUGUCAUCCUGUUCUUCUACCCCCUUGAUUUCACCUUCGUCUGUCCGACGGAAAUCAUCGCUUUCAGUGAGAAGGCUGAGAAGUUCAGGAGCAAGAACUGUGAACUUAUCGCUUGCUCCACCGACUCCGAAUACAGUCACCUAGCUUGGGUAAAGACCCCCCGCACUGAGGGCGGCCUUGAGGGAUUGAACAUUCCUAUCCUCUCGGACAAAAGCAUGGCCAUCUCAAAAAGUUACGGCGUCUUGAAAGAAUCUGAUGGAGUUGCCUUCAGAGGUUUGUUCAUCAUUGACGACAAGGGAACCCUUCGUCAGAUCACCAUUAAUGAUAUGCCGGUUGGUCGAUCCGUGGACGAGGCUCUGCGACUCCUAGAGGCCUUCCAAUUCACCGACAAGUACGGAGAAGUCUGCCCGGUGAACUGGCGCCCAGGCAAGAAGGCCAUGAAGCCAACGGAAAAGGGAGCAAAAGCAUACUUCUCUGAGCACUGA